CGCCAGGGUUUUAGGCGCCAGGUUCUUCUCAAUUACACGAUUUAAGAAUCCAAGGGGUUUACUGCAUUCGGUCUUUCCAACAGAGGCGGGUUUUUCUUCACAGCACCUAAGUCUGAGUUCUCCCUCCUUGGCUUAGAGAUCAUCAUCUCUGUGGUGAGAGAUUUCAUGGGCGGUUAGGAUUCAGUUUGUGGUGAAGUGGUAUUUCUGUUGAUGUUCUUGUUGGUGUGGUUGUGUCGUUUAACACAAGAAAUUGCAUAUCUGGUGUAAGUCAUGGUUAAGCAUAACAAUGUUGUGCCCAGUGGGCACUUCAGAAAGCAUUGGCAGAACUAUGUCAAGACCUGGUUCAAUCAACCUGGUCGCAAGACCAGAAGACGUGCUGCAAGGCAAAAGAAAGCUGUGAAGAUCUUUCCACGACCUACAGCAGGACCAUUGCGUCCUAUUGUUCAUGGACAGACCCUGAAAUACAACAUGAAAGUUAGAGCUGGCAGGGGAUUUUCUCUUGAAGAGCUUAAGGCUGCAGGGAUUCCAAAGAAACUUGCCUCAACAAUUGGCAUCGCAGUUGAUCACCGCCGCAAGAACCGUUCCCUGGAGGGUCUUCAAACUAAUGUGCAGAGGCUGAAGACCUACAAGGCCAAGUUAGUUGUCUUCCCAAGGCGUGCAAGGAAAUUCAAGGCUGGUGAUUCUAGUCCUGAGGAAUUGGCCACUGCCACUCAAGUCCAAGAUGACUACAUGCCUAUUCUACGGGAGAAGCCUUCUACUGAGGUGGUUAAGAUUACGGAUGAAAUGAAAUCGUUUAAUGCAUAUGCCAAGUUGCGGCUUGAGCGGAUGAACAUGCAUCACAUUGGUGCCAGGAUGAAGAAGGCUGCAGAGGCAGAGAAAGAAGAUAAUAAGAAAUAGUAAGAAUCAGCAUCUUUAUUUGCUGAUGGGGAGUUUAUAGCCUUAGUUUCUAUUUGUAUCCCAGGGACUCAAGCUUAAGACCUGCUUCUAGAAGUCUCAGCUGAGUUUUGGAUUUUCUAUUUUUCUCUUACUCUAGGAAGCUAGUAGUUUCUAUUUUAGAAAGUAGGAUUUUUUAGAAUUUUUUAUUUAUUAUUAUUUUUUUCUUUUUAUUGUAAAGAUGUCUAGAUUCAUGGGUGUUUUGAGGUGGAUUCCUCAAUUGGGUGGAGGCCAUCUCUGGUGAACUGCAAUUAUUCUGUUUGUUGCUGUUCUUCAGUUCUACUUGAAGUUCUAAAGUUAACCACACAGAUCACAAACUUAAA